GGAAAAAGAAAGUUGAGUUGAAUCGGCACCGCGUUAAGUUUUGCGUUUGGCAAGCCCACAAAAGCAACAACCAGCAAUUCACCGGAAAAUAGGCACUGCGAGGCGGCGCCCGCCGCAGCACCGCCCUGACAAAUCAAAAUCAAAUGGCCGUCUCAAUUUCCUCAUACCGGAGGCUCAUCUCUUCUCUUUCCCUAACACCUCUGCCACUCCUACGCCGGGAAUUCAGAUCAGACGCAGCGCUGGAAGCUCUAAGCAAGGCAUCGGAAGCAAAGACCCCAAACGUAGUCUUGUACAAUUACCCCUCUUUCUCCGGCGCGUUUUCAGCUCUCUUUGCUCACAUUUACCACUCUCGGCUGAACCUCCCUUGCAUCAUAUUGCCUUUCUCUUCCGUGGAACCCUUCAGGAUCGAAGAUGUAUCUAUUGAAGGAUUGGAGAAAUGCUACUUCCUAGAUUGUAUUGGUCCGAAAGGGUUUGCUGUGGAGCUUUCCAGACGAACCUCAUGCACAGUAUUUGGAUUUGAUCAUCGGAAAUCAGUGCAUGCCAUAAUACCAUCUAGCAAAGAGUGUGAUGCAAAGCUUGUGUUUCAUGUCAAUCUGGAGAAGAGUAGCUCUACUGCUGUAUAUGAAUAUUUCUCCGCAAAACUUUCCAAAACUGGGUUUGAUAAUAAAGAAACUACGACCUUGCUAAACCAUAAAGAUCAAGAUCAUGUGGAGAUGAUUCUCAAAUAUAUUGAAGAUGGAGAUCUUCGCAAGUGGAAUUUACCAGAUACUAAAGCAUUUAAUCUUGGACUCCAUGAAUGGCGCUCAAAGUUAAACUGCAUCAGUAAUUCAGGCUUGUACGAGCAGUUGAUGGAGAUACAUGUGGACGAUCUAAUCACAAAGGGGAAGACCUAUCUCUCGUGUCGGCAGAAUGCUGCAAAUAAAUUUCUGGAUAAAGUUUUUAGAGUCCGCUUGGGUAGAGGACUUUAUGGGGAGUGUUUGGGUGUUAGAGCUGAUGGGAAUUCAGAUUUAAGUGAUGAAAUGGGUAAGGAACUCAGCCGAAGGAGUGCUGCAGCUGGAUUAAGGUGGUUUUCUUUAGUUGUUGUCAUUCUUAGGUUAUUAUGUGAUGUGCUUCUUUAGUAAUUUUUUGUAUUGUGAUCUCUCCAUAGCAUAAAAACAUUUGUCUUUGCUGAUGCUGAGAAUGAGAUUGGUUUUUAGUCAAUGACAUGAUAUUAGCCAUUGACCUGAGCCAUUACCUUGAUUACUGAUAAUAUCAUAAUGUCGUUACACUAAUAUUAUGGGUAACCUCAUAUGAUACUGGACAGCAAAAGGUCUCAUUCUGUUUGAGAGACUUGCUUAAUUACUAUUUGUCUUAGACAUGCCAAGCCACGUUUUUCAACCUUACCAUAGGCUUAUCUAAACUUGCAAUCUUAAAAAGUAAUUUUUGUGGCAUAGCAAUUUUGACAGAUCCAUAAGAUGAAAAAACUUUUCGGAAAAUUCAAGUAAAACUAGACGCUUUUGUUCGAGAAACUUCCUAUUUACUACAGGGAAUACUCUCUAAAUUUUGUAUUAAUUAUAUUUUCUCUCUUAUUGCACUGGUAUUGGCUGCUUUAUGCAUGAACUUACAUUGAACUUAUACUUUUUUGAGUUAUCUUAGGUGUUCAUAUCAAAUUCACUUUGUUGAUUUGACUGCAAUAUACUAAUUAAUCUGUUUGUUAGGCUGCGAAACUACGUCUCAAAUGAGAUGACUUGUUUUGUUUACUUGACUUAAAUUGAAGUAAGGGGAAAAAAAAAGAUCUCCAUAUCAAGAAAUGGAACUGAGAAACACCUUUUGGUUUCAUGAGCAAAAGUUCAUUUAAAGAAAAUAUUAUUAAUGGUCGCUUGCUCUGACUGUAUAAAGAUGUUGGAUUAUUACGAACCUACCUCUAGACACUCAAAAUGCAUGGUUAAGAUAUUGGUUAAUGAAUUUUAAUCAUCACAAUAGGAAAUUAAUUUUCUCUUGAAGAUUAAAAUCAUGUAAAUAAGGAUUUAAUUGACCUUGAGAUCAUUGGAUUAUAAAAUCCUCACAUAUAUAGAAAGGGGAGAUGAUAACCUUUUGAAGGAAUUAUUAAUGGCCUAGUCAAUUGCUUCCUCCCUUAGAU